AUGAAGCGACUUCACAGUUCUGCUACCUUCAUCUUCUUCCCACUCGUACCCUGCCCAUCAACCCCCUCCCUCCCCUUUUCCUCUCCACUCCGGUCUCCCCCUCGCCCCUCGUGUGUCUUGCGCUCGCGCCCCCUGGCUGCCCAUGUCAGACGGGGCCAUCCAUCACUCUGCAACCGCGCUCCUCCCAUCAGUCAUCAUGCCACCCUCUGCCCUCGACAGACCUGCGUCGCUGCACAUAGACUACCCGAUGCUGAGGUGCACAAUGCGGCGGCCAAUCGCACGUCGCACUGCGGUGUGCUGGAGUUCAUUGCAGAGGAGGGCUACGUGUACAUGCCAUACUGGGUGAGGCUUCCUGUAUCGGGCAAGGAGAAUGGUGGCAUUUUGGAGUUCAUUGCAGAUGACCAUAUGGGCGCCGUGCCUCACUGGAUUGGAUUAGGCUUGCCAUAUUGGGGGUGUGACCGAUCUUUGGAGAUGACCCUGCGGUCGUUUUCCUGCCUGACCGCGGGUGAGAGCAUAAUGGUGGCGUACAACAACAAGCGCUACUUCAUCAACGUGGUGGACGCACGCCCAGGUGCCGCCAUCUCCAUCAUCGAGACCGACUGCGAGGUCGACUUCGCCCCGCCCCUCGACUACGUCGAGCCCGCGAGGGCCCCUGCCGCGCCCAGUCAAGGCGUGGCAGCCGCGCCUGGCAGUGGUGCUGGUGACAGUGAGGGUGGCGGGAAGAAGAGCGCUGCGAAAGAUGGGAAAGCAGGUGUGUAUGUGGGAAUGGAGAGAGAGAGGGGGGGAGAAGAGGUGUGA